CGUGUGUGUGUCGUGCUCGCGCUGCGCGUGCGUCGGGGCUCAGGCAACAUGGCGGAGGGGGAGCUGGACGUGGAUUCUCUGAUCUCCAGACUGCUGGAGGUGCGAGGAUGCCGUCCAGGGAAGAUCGUGCAGAUGACGGAGGCGGAGGUUCGGGGUUUGUGCAUUAAAUCACGUGAGAUCUUCCUCAGUCAGCCAAUCCUGCUGGAGCUGGAGGCCCCGCUCAAGAUCUGCGGAGACAUCCACGGCCAGUACACGGAUCUGCUGCGGCUCUUCGAGUACGGCGGCUUCCCUCCGGAGGCCAACUAUCUGUUCCUGGGAGAUUACGUGGACCGAGGGAAGCAGUCGCUGGAGACCAUCUGCCUGCUGCUGGCCUACAAGAUCAAGUACCCCGAGAACUUCUUCCUGCUCCGCGGGAACCACGAGUGCGCCUCCAUCAACCGCAUCUACGGCUUCUACGACGAGUGCAAGCGCAGGUUCAACAUCAAGCUGUGGAAGACGUUCACCGACUGCUUCAACUGUCUGCCGAUCGCCGCUAUCGUGGACGAGAAGAUCUUCUGCUGCCACGGAGGGCUUUCUCCAGAUCUCCAGUCGAUGGAGCAGAUCAGACGCAUCAUGAGACCCACGGACGUACCUGACACAGGGCUGCUGUGUGAUCUGCUGUGGUCAGAUCCUGAUAAGGAUGUUCAGGGUUGGGGAGAGAAUGAUCGCGGCGUGUCCUUCACCUUCGGAGCGGAUGUGGUCAGUAAAUUCCUGAACCGUCACGAUCUGGAUCUCAUCUGCCGUGCGCAUCAGGUGGUCGAGGACGGUUACGAGUUCUUCGCCAAACGCCAGCUGGUCACGUUGUUCUCGGCGCCCAAUUACUGCGGCGAGUUCGACAACGCUGGAGGAAUGAUGAGCGUCGACGAGACCCUGAUGUGCUCCUUCCAGAUCCUGAAGCCGUCGGAGAAGAAGGCGAAGUAUCAGUACGGCGGGAUGAACUCGGGCCGACCCGUGACUCCGCCCAGAACGGCCACGCCCCCAAAGAAGCGCUGAACGGGCGGAGCCUCCGUCGGCAUGGAGACUGUCUUGAAAACACACACGCGAUGUAGCUAAAGAAACCACACGUAUUGUUUUUUCUGUUUGGUUUGGUUUGAUUCUGAGCGCCUGUAGCGUCACGUUUCACAGUGUUUGAACUCUCACUCUGCCACAUAACGCUGACCUGCUGUUUUUCUAGCUAAUCAUUUCACUCUUCAGGCCUGUUCGAGUCCAACAGGUUCAUAACAUCUGGAUUUUCAGUAAAUAAAGCUUAACAAACCUC